AUGCAUGCACUGUCUGCAUCUCUGUCGAUCAAGCCUACGGCAGAGGCAGCACGCUUGCCUUUGAGCAGGACCGGAUAUGGUGGUCGAGUUUCGGCAUACCGAGAGGAUGGGCUCUCGGUCUGCCGUGAUUGGCGGACACUGGCCCCGCGUGUAUCUGUGUCCAGUCCGGCCACGGAUCUCACUUGCGAAGUCACAGGCAUGCUCGGAGCCUGUGUGCGCUUGCAGCGAUUGCCCAUGAACAGCGGUUCGAGUCCAGACGUAAAUCAAUGCAGAGGUCCACUCCCUGGACACAGGAGGGCUGAUCUCCUCCUCGAAACCGGGCCCGAGACUGUGAUUCGCCGUUCGCACCCCGGGCAGCUCAGCGCCAAAGGGCUGGUUAGCAGCUACAAAAGCGGCAAUGGCCACUUCCCACAGACGCGCCUCCUGGCAGACGUGCAUGGACAGGGAUGUGUCGAAUGCAGACGCAGCCGGGCCUUUGAGGGGUGCGCUCAGCAUCCCACGCUGCGCGCAAAUGCAGCGUCGUUGGGCUCCGCAGCUGUCGUCAAGGUCGGUAGAGCAUUCGAGCAGCCAGCCAGUAGGAGGGCGGCCCUCUACCGGCGCAGUUUCGCCCAGGAUCGCUCAGCACUCAGCAUGGCAGCAGCGGGAGGCCAGGCUGGCUCUGGAGUCUGGAGCAAGGGUGAAGGCAGCGGCCAUACUUUAGUCGGCUUUGCUAUGGCCGAGCGCUCGCCUUGUGCCGCGCAGCGACGUUCAAAGCGUCGCAGACAGAAUGUCGUCUGGCAGCGCGCGUGUGGUAGUGAGACGGGCGCAGCAGGGAAAGCACGCGUCGAGCAGAAGGCAGGCGCGCCGCAGCACGCCUACACACACAGGAUGGCUGUGUGGUACGCUAUCGCGCACGACUGUCGCGGUACCUGUGUGACUGCGCAGCAAGUGCUGGGAGCACUCGCGCAGCCGAAUCAGCUUAGAGCCGCGGUGGUCGCGGUGCUGCUCAAGGGUUCCGGGUCAAGCCCACAGCACCAGUCCCAACACGCCUUCCCAUGGGUGAUGUCGCUUUUAGCAAGAGCGCCCCAUGCUUUGCCCUGUCGCUCCGUGCUGAGACUCACUGCCGCGCGGAGAAGACGCAUCCACCCCACAACUGUACUUCCGGAAUUGAAGAUAUCCUCUGCGCCCGCCCGCACCCUUGCUGCCGCCCCGAUUGGCUUGCGCGGUACCUUAGAGCCCUCGACCAGCCCAGCGAUCCGAGCUCGCAGCCCAGCGCCUGAGCCACCAGCUCUCGAGUCCGCGCCCCCCAAGUCCCUCUGCAUUCGCCGCACUUUGCAUGCACUGGCCUCACCACCCGUCCUCUGCAUCGCUGCCACUCUACCCUACCGCACCCGUUUACGGUUGCAGCCCGGAGGCCCUCGCUGCUGGCGCAUUCCUCGCAAGCUCGUCCGCCGGCUAGCGCAUCAGCUCCAGCUUUCGUUUUCCACCACAGAGCCUGGUCUCAUAUCAGGCCGGACCCCAGUGCUCAGCCGUCUUCGCAUUGCCUCGCUCCCCCAAGCCGGCCCAGUAGCCACCGCCUGGACGAUUGCAUCACCUACCGCAGCGGCUGCGCGCAGGAGAAUACUGAUACUCGACAACGCCAGUGCCCGUAAUUCUUACUGCACCGCGCCAUUCGCUUAUCCUUACACGUCCGCCUGCGCCUUUACGACUAUUCGCGCCCAUUAA